CAUUGAUAUGAAGAUAUACCAUUAUUAAUAAAAUUUUAUCAGAUAUUAAUUAUUAUUGUAUAGUUAUAUUAAGUUCGGAAAUACACUGCAAGAAAUACUGUGAUUAUGAAGGUGCUUGCUUUAAGUGUUAUUUACUUUGUAACAAUAUGUAAUGGGAGUCCAACGAGCAGGAUCGCGGGUGGAAAUGUUAGACCAAUCUCCCAACAUCCGUAUGUUGUACCCUUGCUGAACAAUCUGGAAGGUGGAUCUUACAGACAGCUCUGCGGAGGGACAAUACUCAGUAACAACGCCAUCUUGUCUGCUGCGUCUUGCUUCUUCACUGGUACGAGCGCCCAUGACGCUUUUUCUUGGCGGGCUAGAGUCGGCUCAUCUUACGCAAAUAAAGGAGGCUUGGUGUAUAUUGUAAGACGUAUAACCACCCACCCAGACUUCGAGUCCAUUACUAAAGUAAAUGACAUUGCGGUUCUGAGGACUACGCUAAAUGUGGUUUAUGGGGUGAAUGUACAGUCUAUUUACUUGCCUGGUACUAAUUACCAACUUCCAAGUGGUGCUCCAGUAAAAGCUGUUGGAUGGGGCGUCACAAGGGCAAAUGGGGAUCUAUCACCAGAACUUCGUGAGGUUGAGAUCUGGGUGACCGACCAGGCGACGUGCGCAAGCCGCUAUAGUGAGCUCGGCUUCACUAUCACUGACAACAUGCUGUGCGCUGGUUGGAUCAACGUUGGUAUUCGUGGGCAGUGCCAUGGAGAUACAGGAGGACCUUUAGUACACAACAACGUGGUGGUCGGGGUGUACUCCUGGAGUGAAGGUUGCGCUGGCAACAGAUACACCGGUAUCAACACUAGAGUUGCAUCUUACAACAGGUGGAUAGAAAGUGUGGCCAUUGCCCCGUAAACAUGAACCUUUAAUAAAGAUAUUGUUUAAUUUCA